UAUACUUUAUACGCACAGUUACACUAGCGUGCUGUGGUUUGUGAUAUUUGGAUGUAGGUUGUUAUUGAGCAAUUAACAAUAUUAGCACACUUCUCCUGUUAGGUUGCAAAACCAUUGUAGCUAAAGCAGUAUAAAUUGUAUUUUAUUAACUGCACUUGAUAAGUGUACUGAAUUACGAAGCAUAUAUAUUACAUUCUAGUGCGAAUUAACAAUGAGUGAAAUUGCAAAGGACAUGAUAGUACAAUACAUUUUAAUCCGAGGUGAUUUGUUAAGAGUAUUGAAAUGGCCGUUUGGGGCUGUCAUUGCACAGGCAUGCCACGGCUGUACAGCAGUUACCCAUUUAUACUAUGAUGAUGAAUAUACUCAGGAAUAUUUAAAAGAUAUCAAUAAUAUGCAUAAAAUUGUUUUAGAGGUCCCUGAUGAAAAUGCAAUAAACGACUUGGCACACUAUUUGGAGAAGAACCAUAUCAAACACAAACUUUGGAUGGAACAACCAGAAAACAUACCGACUUGCUUGAUUGUCAAACCAUAUCCAAAAUCUCUUGUUCAGAGUUAUUUUAAGAAAUUAAAAUUGUUUAAAGGCAAUAUGGAAUAAAUAUCUUAGUAGUUGGU